AUGGUGGAGGACGGCACGCUGGCCGAGUUCUGUCGCCGCGUCGCGGCCUUUAAGGAGGAGCGCAACCGCUUGCUGCAGACCGCUGAGCUGCACAAGAACCUGCAGCUCAAGAACGGACAGGACCUGUACAACUUCGAGGUGCAGCGCGCGCACCACCUGUGGGAGAACGAGAGGAAGGUGCUGAAGGAGGAGCUGCUCGCCAAGGUGGACACCGUCAUGGACAAGCUGCAGGCGGAGAUGAAGGCACUCUCGGAGCCGGGCGCGAAGGUUACGGAUCUGAUCAAGAAGCCCGAGCUGAAACCAGCAGCCGAUGACGCAGACAAACCGACAGUAGCUGAUGCUGUGGUGAAGGCGGACAUGGAGGAGAACAAGAAAGCAGGCGAGCCCGAGCAGGAGGAGGGCGAAGUGUCGGAGCCACCUGCUACGAUAAAGGAAGUGCCUAUCGUCAAGCGGCGCAAAAUGGACCCGACAGCGCCUACAGAUCCAGUUGAGGUGUCGAAGCUUCUUCCGGUCGAAGCCGUGCGUUUGCCGUUCGACGACCUCACGUCGGAUAUUGCCACCAUCGUGGGCGACCGCAAGCAGACUGCACAGACCACGGUGGAGCGCUUACCGAAUGCUGGAAACUUGCCCUUCAAGCUCGAGCGACGGAGGCUGUUUUGCGGCAAGUACGUGUUCGAAGACGGGGAUGAAGUGCAGGUCUCGAUGCCGCUCGUCCAUGAAAACUACACAGGCACUAUCUCGUCCAUCACGGACGACGCGCUCUACAUCAAGUUGGCAUCAGGGCAGAAGGCGCGCAUCCUUCUACCGCACCUUGAACGUCGCCGCUGCGAGAUCAAGCCGUUGCUGCGUGGCACUUCGUCCACAGGGAGCCUGCACAGCAUGGGCUGGUCCGAGUAUGACACUUCCUACUAA